AUGGCAAAUAGAAACAAAAACUUUGUAAAGUACACUGAUUACAGAGCCAACUUUUUUCUUGUUGAAGGUCAUGCUGGUGGUCAAUUAGCUGUGGAGUUUGACACAUACAAGAAUACAGGUGAUUUGGAUGCAAAUCACAUUGCGAUUGUCACAAAAAGUGUAAUACAUCCAAUUCAAGCUAGGAGUCUCAAUUAUACCGGAAUUGACCUGAAAAGUGGAAGAGAUAUCAAGGUUCUAAUAGUAUUGGAUGGGAGGACAAAGUCAAUUAGAGUGCACGUUGGAUAUGCAUCUGAUCCAAUAGGUGAGACUUUUCUUGAGGUGCCUAUUGACAUCCCAAAUACCCUGCCAAGCUUCAUCUAUGUGGGAUUCACAGCAUCAACAGAGCUUCUCACUGAGCGUCAUCAGAUUCUCAACUGGAAUUUAGCAUCAUUUCCAAUCAAUAAAUGA